AUGUUUGGUGGAGAAAGUUUAAUAGAUGGUAUUCCUGAUGGAUUUAUGACUGAUAAUGUUGCUACAUUCAAAGCAUUAUUGCAUCGAUACUAUGAUGAAUCUAUUCCAUUUGGUUCAAUAGAAGAAGCUUACAAUAAUAAAAGCACUUUGGUUUAUUUAAACUCAACACAAGAUCUUGCGGAUUAUGCACACGUGGUAAUGCAUUUGACGGAAACAUUACAGACUCAAAAGUCUCAUGUCAUCAUGAUGGGAGGAUCUUAUGGUGAAAUGUUUGCUGCAUGGAUUAGGUUGAAAUAUCCCCACAUCGCGAUUGGGGUUUUGUCCUCAGCUCCACUUCUCUACUUUGAUAAUAUCACAUAUUAUGAUGUUUUUUUAGGGAAUUUCAAGGUAUGUACUGAAAUGGUAAUGCCUAUUGGCAUAAGAAAGGGUACCAUGUUUCAACUUGACCCUUUUAACUUGAAGAACUUUGUUGAAUAUUGCUACAAAAAGUUUGGUUACUCCAACUUGCCUCGCCCUUGUUGGAUCACUACUUAUUAUGGAGGCAAUAAUAUAACUUCGGUUCUUCAAAAGUUUGCUAGCAACAACAUAUUUUCGAAUAGACUAAAACAUCCGUACAGUAGUGUCGGGGUUCUGAAUGGUUUGCUUGGUGCUGAGAAAAGCGACCCAAAAUGGUCGGUGGAUCAGCGAAAGAAAGAGGUGAAGAUAAUGAAAAGUUGGAUUGUUGAAUAUUAUGUUGUUAAGCUUGUGUAA